AAAAUUAGGUAGAUGGUCUCGUUGAGUGGUCUCAGGUGGUCUCUGGUCUAAAUAUCAUCCAUCCACUGCAAUAUAAAGCAAUAAACUUACUUGUAAUACUUUUAUAAUAUUGGUUGGCUACUUUUUUUUUUUUAGUAUCUUGAUCACGUGACACUAUUGUCGUCACUUUUUAAAACGCGAAGGCUGGGACGAAUAACGGAAUGUGCUCGCUCUAGGCUGGAUGUUUUUGUUGGUUCAACGCACGUGUUUUGAAAUGUUUUCGGUGUCAUCAACUCUCUGAAGUCUUCGCCGAUCAUUUUCAGUUAUUUAGUGUGUAUUUAGUGUGUCCAAGCGAACGUCGACAGAGUGCCAACUCCCAAGAGAGCUAGAAGAUGGCGCAUUUACACAAGAUGAGAACUCACGUUCAUAUGUGCGAACACGAUUUGCUAAAUACGGAGACGUCAGACUACCCGGGAACCUUCGCCGGAAUCGAUGAUAGCUGGGAUCUCAAGAAGUUCGAGCGUAAUUUUCAAAUUGGCAUUGUGUCUCUCGACGACAUGACCAUGGAGUUUGACAUGAUCGGAGUCAACCCGGCCAUUGCCAACGCCAUCCGACGGAUCUUACUGGCCGAGGUUCCUACCAUGGCACCAGACAAAGUUUUCAUGUAUAACAACACGAGCAUCGUGCAGGACGAAGUGCUCGCUCAUCGCAUCGGACUUGUGCCCUUCAACAUUGACCCACGCAUGUUUGAUUACAGGGAGAAAGACAGCGAGGGUUCUCCCGAAGAUACUGUCGAGUUUGAGCUGAAGGUGAAGUGCACCAGAAACCCGCAAGCGCCAAAAGAUGCCACCACGCCCGACGAAUUGUACAAAGACCAUGUCGUUUACACUCGGCACUUGACGUGGACUCCGAUUGGCUCUCAGGCGGAGAUUUUUGGGAACAAGCCUCCGAAGCCAGUCUACGAUGACAUCAUCCUCGCAAAGCUGAGGCCUGGGCAGGAAAUUGACCUGAAGCUUCAUUGUAUGAAAGGGACCGGUCAAGACCAUGCAAAGUUCUCCCCUGUUGCGACCGCGUCGUAUCGUCUUCUUCCGGAGAUUGUCCUGCUGCGCGAAGUGAGGGACGAACAGGCAGAGAGGCUCCAGGGCUGCUUCGCAAAGGGGGUCAUCGAACUCGACGAGACAGAUGACGGUCACAAGGUGGCACGGGUUGCCAAUGCACGGGCGGACACGUGCAGCCGAAAUGUCUUCCUGUACGACGACCUCAAGGAUGCCGUCGAGCUGACCAGGGUCAAGGACCACUUCAUCUUUUCUGUGGAGUCAACGGGGGCCUACCCACCGGACCUGCUGGUCACCGAAGCCAUCAAGGUGCUCAUGGCCAAGUGCCAAGCCUUCCUCAGCGAGUUAGAACAUGUCGAUGUGGACGGUUAGCACGGAGUCAGUAAAACAAUUCAUCCCACGA